CUAUCAGCCAGACAGCCGGCGGCAACGGGAGCGGUAUUUCUCGGUGUGUCUUAUCACGAUUAUUCGCUGUCGGGUUUUCAUAAUUAAUAGUCGCUUGGCUGAAAAUAGUGAAAAAACAACCCUGACCCCUGCACAGAGAUAUGAGCGGCAGCGGGCGGCCCAGGACCAGCUCGUUUGCUGAGCCGCCAGGUGUUCCAGGAGCCGCCGCUGCGUCCACCGGAUCAGCCGCUGCCGUGGGGAGCAGCACAGGAAAGUCCGGGGUCCCGCAGGCCUCCGGCAGCAGCUCGUCGGGAUGCUCGAACCUUAAGCUUGCCAGAGACAGCGGGAAGGUGACGACGGUUGUGGCCACGCCAGGCCAGGGACCGGACCGCCCACAGGAAGUCUCUUACACUGACAUCAAGGUGAUUGGCAAUGGUUCGUUCGGUGUGGUGUACCAAGCUCGGCUCAUUGACAGCCAAGAGAUGGUGGCAAUCAAAAAGGUUCUGCAGGACAAGAGGUUCAAGAAUCGGGAACUACAGAUCAUGAGGAAGCUGGACCACUGCAACAUUGUUAGACUACGUUACUUCUUCUACUCCAGUGGCGAGAAGAAAGAUGAAGUGUACCUCAACCUGGUGCUGGACUUUGUCCCUGAGACGGUCUACAGGGUUGCCAGGCAUUUUAACAAGGCCAAGAGCAUCAUUCCUAUUAUAUAUGUGAAGGUGUACAUGUACCAGUUGUUUCGUAGUCUGGCUUACAUCCAUUCCCAGGGCGUGUGUCACAGAGACAUCAAGCCCCAAAACCUGCUCGUUGACCCAGAAACUGCCAUCCUCAAGCUGUGUGACUUUGGCAGCGCCAAGCAGCUGGUCCGUGGCGAACCCAACGUGUCGUAUAUCUGCUCGCGAUAUUAUCGCGCCCCUGAGCUCAUUUUUGGUGCCACAGACUAUACAGCAAACAUUGACAUCUGGUCAGCAGGCUGCGUACUGGCUGAACUGCUGCUCGGACAACCUAUAUUCCCAGGUGACAGUGGGGUGGACCAACUGGUAGAGAUUAUCAAGGUGCUAGGCACCCCGACAAGGGAACAAAUCCGAGAGAUGAACCCAAACUACACAGAAUUCAAGUUUCCUCAGAUUAAAGCCCAUCCAUGGACCAAGGUGUUUAAACCUCGCACCCCUCCAGAAGCCAUCGCUCUCUGCUCUCGGCUGCUGGAGUACACACCGGCCUCACGCCUCUCUCCACUAGAGGCUUGUUCACAUGCCUUCUUCGAUGAGCUGCGCCAGCCUAACACACGACUGCCCAGUGGCCGAGAACUGCCAAUGCUCUUCAACUUCAGCACCACUGAGCUAUCAAUCCAGCCCCAGCUGAACUCAACCCUCAUUCCUCCUCACGCUCGCUCUCAUACAGCUGCUUCCGCCCACGAUGGUACCGGCUCAGAUUCCUCUCAACACAGUUCAGUACCAGGAUCUCUUAACAGCAUCUGAAGCCGUCUCUCGCCUGCCUGCCUGCCAGCCUCACCCUUAUCUCAGACACACACACACACACACACACAACCACACACACUCACACACUCUCUUUACCGCUUUCCUCCGUGCUGCUUGCGCUCCUCUUAGAUUCUGUUUUUGUACAGUAAACGCAUUGAACAAACCAUUAGUUCCUUAGCUGCCAGGGUUGAAACUAUGGCAGGAGAUUGUUACACACAAACACAGAGUCGUCUCGCUGCUGCUAGGGUGGUAUGUGAAGGUUCAAUAGUGGGGGCUGGUCCUCUGUAAUAUAACCUUUUUUUUUUUUUAAAUCAACAUUUUUUUUCCUCUUCCUCUAUAUUUGUGUUUAUUUAUUUGACUAAUGGAAAGCAUCAUGUGAUCACACAACAUUUUGUCUCUAGAGGGUUUUUUUUCCCCACUUUUAUUAUUAUUAUUCAGUGUUUUUACGUACCUGUUAGUGUGUAAAAGGGGUGAACUGCACACUGCCUGAGCAAGACCAGAACUGGCUCCAAAAAAAAAAGGGUCAUCAGGGUAAAGGAAACUCAUUAUUCAACUCAGGAGAUCGGAUGCAGGGACUGAUAAAUCCAUUAAGUCUUCAGCUACAUUAUUUUACCGACCCAGUCUGACGUUCAGGUUAAAAUUCAACCUCCAGUCGUUGUGUAGUUACCCGCAAAGGUGGCUGGUGGAUCUUGUUUUUGUGUGAUUCACAUUCUUAUUGCUCAAACCACCUGUAGACCUGAAUUUAUACCAAGCAUUAAAACCCCCGAUCUAGAUUCACAACAUCCAGGAUGUGCAUGGAUGUAUAGAUAGGACUGAAAACAAUCAGCCAACAGCCAAAUACCGACCCUACCAGCCUUGUGUUUAACCAGUAAAAGAAAAACAGCACCCCGACCCGUCCACAGAAAGAAUCCAGUUUUCUUUUCGGAUGCAUUAACACUUGCACAUAAAUAUGGGUCAAAUCAACCGUAGAUCUAAACUCCUUCUUAGCUUGUAGUUGUGAUUUUUUUUUUUUUUAUUUACACAUCCAGGGAAAGGCAUCAGACACCCAGGAGAGGAGGAAAAACUCCUCUCCGCUCCACCACAAAACGUUUUAUAGAACUGUAAAUGUCACUUGUGAAGAAAUGUGCGAAUGUGACGCUUAGCGAAAGCAGUUUGAGAUACCGAUCUAGAAAAUAAGCUUUUUAAAUGUCAAACUAAGUACUGUAGAAGUGCUCCUAGAUUACCGGACUUCAAUCCCCGCUGCUUUGUGCUCAGAGCGCUUCCUGCUCUCUAUCGUAGCGAUCAGUUAGCUGUCCGGUUUAUGAUCACACGGCUCGAAAGAAAACCAGCUGUGCUCUGGAUGCUACUGUCCUACAUCACGACGGUAAUAUAAACCUGGAAACUGAAGCUUGUGUAAUAAUCUAGAGCUGGAUAGCCGUUCUGUAUCAUAACAUCGUUAACCAGAAUUAACUUGCUGAAAGAAAAUAACCAAAUUGACGUCCCUUAACCGCCCCGCCCCCUCUCCCAAAAGAAAACAAAAAUGUUUCAUUGACUCUGGCUGUACAUGACGAUCUUCACUGUUUUCACUUGUGUUAUUGUGCCAGAAGGUGUCAGUGAGUCGAGUCCUGAUCAAAACCGCAGUUUACUGUGAAGGAAACAGCUGUGUCUUAAAGGUGUAUUCCACUAAAAUUGGCUGUAAUAUAUGUAUAUUUUUUAAAUGACACAAAAAUUACAACAUUUUUCUUUUUCAUUUUGAGAUUUUAAAACGGCUCGUUGAGCUGUUUAGGGUGACGCUGUCAUGAUGUGCUCGUUAAAGAUGCAAACUCCAAACUAUAAAAUGAGAGUUACUGUCGGUGCUUUUAAAGUCUGAAAUACUUUUAGAAGAUAAAUUAUUUUUGAAACAUGUUAAAACAUGGUAAAAAUAGUUCCAAGAACCCCCCCCCUCCCUUACAUAUUUUCCUACUCUGUUCUUUUACUGUGUAUACAAACAGAAUACACUACAAUAGGAAAGUUUUUAGUCUGAAAAUCUGUUUUCAAUUCAUUAUAAAUUCCCUGGAAAAAAAAAUUGGCGCAUUAGAGACAUCUGGCUAAAAAGUCACUUUUGGUGGAAUUCCCCUUUAGCACAAAGAUCCGUCUUGUCCUGGUGUUAGUGUAGAAAAUAUGUACUCCUACUCUGUGUGGAAACAAAAGCAAAAUGAAUGUUGGUCCUCCUGUUGAUUAAAAGCAGCAGAGCAACUAAAUAAUACUUGGAUGAGGAUUUCAUCAACGUGAGGGGGGGGGGGGGGAGCUGUUGUUUGUGCAUACUUCAUGUAAAUGUAUUUAUUUCGUUUUCGGAUGAGAGUUGGAUGUCAGUUAUUGGAAAAGUGGGUUUCAAACUGUAUUUCAUGUCAGAGAAAAAGAACGAAAAGUUUUACAAGAAGUCGUCUCGUGGAAACAAAAACUAGUCGAGGAUAAAUGAGACGUUUGCUUCGGGUUCAUUAGUGCGGACGUGUACAGAAGCAAAGCGUGAGGAACAUGGAUGAAAGGCUAAAUGUGAAUAGUAGCUAAACAUGAAUAUCAAAGCAGGUGAUCACGUGUUUGUGUGCUCUUGUACUUCUAUUUUUGUGAGGACCGAUUUCAAUUUCAUGAGAAAAUAAAAAGAGGAGAUUGAGGGUUAAGACUCGGUUUUUGGUGACAGGAUUAUAAUCACUUUGGUGUCAGCAGCCCAGAGAAUGUAUGAUCUAAAUUAGCAUCCUUGUAAAUAUAGAAGUACAAACGUGUGUGUGUGUGUGUGUGUGUGUGUCUGACCAUAUUCCAAACUGCAGUCUGAAAAGCCAGUGUUUUAGCAUUAGAGCAGUCAACAAUACAGAUUUUAGUAAGCAGUGCAGACCACUUGAAAGUUUGUAGUAUAGUAUAUUUGAUACUAUCGUACCAUGCCUCCACCUGCUGUUUUUAAACUGCAUCCAUGUUGGUUUUGAACCUUUUUUUAAUACUAGUGAAGGACUCCGAUGAGCCCUGAUGCUUUUUUAAUUCCACCACACUUGGCACAUUCACAUUAAUUAUAUAUAUAUAUAUAUAUGAGGAGAGCGGAGCGCGUUUGUCAUUCUCUUUCCUCAUCAAGGUUUAAAACCCGGCGACCUCCCGAUCCAGUGGGUCACUGCCGGAAACAUUCUUCUUGUUGUUUUCCUUCCUGUAAAGAGUCCAACCGGCAUGUUUGAUUAACUCUGCAGGGUGCGUCAGGUCGAUGCUGUUCACACUCAGAGCUGUCAGACUUUCUGUGGCUAUGAAAAGGUGUGAGGAAUCAAACAUAGCUGAUUUUUCUCUUCUCCCCCCCUUCCUUUUCCCAGAAGCCAUUUUUUUCCUUCACUUUCCUAUCUCCUCUUUAUCGCACGUGUAAAUAUCACUGAUUUUUAUUUUCCUCUUUUUACUUUUUAUUACAGAGUUGUUUAUAUCUUAUUUCCCCUCAUUCUGUCGACGAAGCCGUCUUAAUUUGUGCAUUUUUGUAAAUACCUUUCUUUUUUCACAAUCCAAAAUGUGUAAAUACUGCAAAAGAGAAAAGGAAAAAAAAAAAAACAGCCUACUCCUCAUGUUUGUUGAUGAUCUUUCUCUCUCUCUCUCUCUCUCUCUCUCUCUCUCUCUCUCUCUGUCUCUCUCUCUCUUUCUUGUAGUCCAGUGAAAAUUGUAAAGUAGCUGUUAACUCGGCUCGCCUCCCUGUUCGGUCCUCUGAGGGACCAUCUGAUUGUUGAAUGAAUAUGUCGAAGGCUCUGUUCCAAAAUGUUCUCCAUCCGCUUCGGGAAAUGAUAUAAACAAAUAUCAUAAAGCACCUUAUUUGAAGUGGAUCGCUGUCCAACCUGCACCACCUCCAAGGAACUUUCAUUGCUAAUUUAAUCAUAUAGUUUUCUUUUGGCCUCAGUGUCCUCCUACCCCUUUUUAUUUGUACAAUUCAAAUCUGAUUAUAACCUCCUUCCUGCUUCCAAAGUAACCAGGGAGAGGACACACAAUCGCACUCUGAGCAACUCAAAUGCUGAAAAAAUGCUCCAGUUAUAUUUUAAAAUGUAAAAUUUAAAGCUCAACUCUAAAAGACAAAAGCUGCAGCUGUAACACUCAUCGCCUGCAGGUGGUGCAAGUGUCAUAACUGCUGUAGUCACUACCUUUCCUUUACCUGUACAUGGCGAGCUUUGACACGCCUACCGCAUAGUAGAUGGUUGUCAUUUUGGAACAGAGCUCUUUGUUAGUGUGUUGUAUCAGAUUGCAAUAUAUGAUUACUGUGCAGUAUUGAGAGAGAGAAAAAAAAAAAAGACUUAGCUACAGGUCACUGGCAUUUUCAGAGAACGUGCAAUGUCUGAAUGAGUGAUCACAAAAGUGUUUAGUUGGACUAGAAGCCACGUUAUGAUGUCCAGCUAGUACUCAACAUGGGCAUUUUUGUAUUAUGUGCUGUUAUGGCAUUCAGAAUUGCUGCUAAAGAUCACAAGAUAGCAGAAGUAGAUGUUUGUGUUGUGACUGCAGACGGAGCCACCUAUCAGCUGUGUGUGUGUGUUUGUGUGGCCAGGCAUCACGCAGACAUGUCGGUGCACACGACUGACUGUUUCAUGUAAAGUGAAUCUCAGAAAUUGUACUUUUGUUUGUGCUUUUAAAUUCUCUAGAACCAUCUGUUGUGUCUCUGUUAUUCCCGCCCUUAUUUACACCUUCUUAGGGGGGGUCACUGCAUCUCUUUACAUUGAUAAAUCACUUUUUUUUUUUUGCUGUCUAUUUAAUUUUCCACUCCAGUGCUGUCAAUUUCGUUUUUUUUCCUCCUGGUUGUCAGAUGUAUCGGAGGGAGAGAGAGAGAAGGAGAGAGAAAGAAAAACAAACCUGUCUGUCUCUGUUCUUUGUGUGUGUAUGAUAUGGACUCAUUUACUGUAAUAAAGUGAUGAAACUGUGUUUAAA